GCACACUUUGUCUCUCAUAGUAUCUCGUCCGAGAUAUUUCUGGUCCUUUUCCUCAGCAUGCGUGCCUUAAUGUCUAUGCUUGUGGCGGUCCUCGCCGCUCCCCUCUCGGUGGUCGCCGCCCCGACGGGGAAUAUUAUGGCCGCUAGGCAGGCGCCUGUGGCACCGACUCCCUGUGUCAGACAGGAUCCGCCUCCCACACAGGAGGAGACGGAGGCCCGAUUUAACGACUUUGUGGAAAAGUUUGUUGGGCGUUCCAAAAGCAUUGCAAAGGCGUUUGAGUACAUUGCCGAGGACUACAUUAACCAUAACCCCUUGGCGCAAAACGGGUUCAAGUCCGCAUGGGAUAUUUUGAGUCCGUUCUGGGACUCCAGCCCUACUACCUAUCUUCGCCACACCAUCGACGGAGACAUGUCCUGGGUUAACUAUAGGUCAAGUUUCGGCCAGAUUGUCGACCGUUUCCGGUGGGAGGGAGGUUGCAUCGUUGAGCACUGGGAUCAAGGAGAACAAUACCCUACAUCUUGAGCACCGUGGAUCGGAAGUUUUUCAGAGGUGUUGCUUUGUGGAGGGAAUUUGCCAUUCGCUGGGCUAUGGCAUCGAUAGGUACGGAGACAUGCGUGGCAAUACAGCGCGUAUGUAAACAUCUAGAGAACGUGCUGGCUAGGCGGGUUGCGCUUUCACUAUGCCAGUGUUUAUCAAUGAAUU